AUGGGGUAAACACUGUGUAUGGUCAUUUUGUUGACGGGUGUUUCAAGUUGGAUGGUCGUUGAAAUCUGGGCACAUAUUCAGUUUUGCCUUUUAGACCAUAAUGAAUAAGAUUACAUGGACAGGGUAGACCUGAUCCUAGAUCAGAUUACAUGGACAGGGUAGACCUGAUCCUAGAUCAGAUUACAUGGACAGGGUAGACCUGAUCCUAGAUCAGAUUACAUGGACAGGGUAGACCUGAUCCUAGAUCAGAUUACAUGGACAGGGUAGACCUCAUCCUAGAUCAGAUUUCAUGGACAGGGUAGACCUGAUCCUAGAUCAGAUUUCAUGGACAGGGUAGACCUGAUCCUAGAUCAGAUUUCAUGGACAGGGAAGACCUGAUCCUAGAUCAGAUUACAUGGACAGGGAAGACCUGAUCCUAGAUCAGAUUACAUGGACAGGGUAGACCUGAUCCUAGAUCAGAUUUCAUGGACAGGGAAGACCUGAUCCUAGAUCAGAUUACAUGGACAGGGUAGACCUGAUCCUAGAUCAGAUUACAUGGACAGGGUAGACCUCAUCCUAGAUCAGCACUCUGAAUCUGGGCCUUGAGUGUUUUCCCUCUGUUCUAGGUUGAACAAGCCCUUUGAGUGAUGUUCCCCCUGUUCUAGGUUGAACAAGCCCUUUGAGUGAUGUUCCCCCUGUUCUAGGUUGAACAAGCCCUUUCUGAGUGAUGUUCCCUCUGUUCUAGGGUGAACAAGCCCUUUCUGAGUGAUGUUCCCGCUGUUCUAGGUUGAACAAGCCCUUUCUGAGGGAUGUUCCCUCUGUUCUAGGUUGAACAAGCCCUUUCUGAAUGAUGUUCCCUCUGUUCUAGGUUGAACAAGCCCUUUCUGAGUGAUGUUCCCUCUGUUCUAGUUUGAACAAGCCCUUUCUGGACUAUGGUGAUGCUGUGCAGUAUGGUAUGGAGAAUGAAUUGUGGCUGAGAAGGCACUCAAUAUGGGGGAGGUAAAUAUGUAGAAUGUGUCUGCAGUAGAAUAUGUGUCUGCAGUAGAAUGUGUGUCUGCAGUAGAAUGUGUGUCUGCAGUAGAAUGUGUGUCUGCAGUAGAAUGUGUCUGCAGUAGAAUGUGUCUGCAGUAGAAUGUGUCUGCAGUAGAAGAACCCACAGGAAGGUUAUGAAUCAUGUGAAAUGUAUUCUGUAAUAACAAGUCGAACUCUCUCUAUUUUUCUAUAUUAUGACAUGUGUUAUGACCUUAUUCAAUAAGAGUUGUCGACUCCUCACAGUGUUUGGUUUAAUAUCUGGCUUGUGUUUCCAGUCCCCUCUAAUGUUUAGAACAGAUGUUGAUUUGUGUCCUUGUCCCUGUCUUCCUUCAGGUGGAUAGUGAACGUGUUUCUGAUCAUCACCCAGCUGGGUUUCUGCUGCGUUUACUUCGUCUUCCUCAGUGACAACGUCAAACAGGUAGGGGACAUGUCAUCAUGUUAACUAGUACUGUUUCACACCACUAGGUGGUGCUGUUUACUUCUUCCUGAGCAGUACCAGCAGUUUGGAUGUUAUUAUCACUGGAGAGGACAAGAUUCUAGCAGGACCAGCAGUUUGGAUGUUAUUAUCACUGGAGAGGACAAGAUUCUAGCAGGACCAGCAGUUUGGAUGUUAUUAUCACUGGAGAGGACAAGAUUCUAGCAGGACCAGCAGUUUGGAUGUUAUUAUCACUGGAGAGGACAAGAUUCUGCUCGUUCUGUUACUCAGCUACAGUGCAUUGGGAAAGUAUUCAGACUCCUUGACUUUUUCCACAUUUUGUUACGUUACAGCCUUAUUCUAGCACUUGUUUUCCCUCCUUCAUCAAUCUACACACAAUACCCCAUAAUGACAAAGUAAAAAUAGGUUUUUAGACAUUUUAGCAAAUGUAUUAAAAAUAAAGAACGUUCACAUUUACAUAAGUAUUCAGACCCUUUACUCAGUACUUUGUUGAAGCACCUUUGGCAGCGAUUACAGCCUCGAGUCUUCUUGGGUAUGACACUACAAGCUUGCCAUACCUGUAUUUGGGGAGUUUCUCCCAUUCUUCUCUGCAGAUCCUCUCAAGCUCUGUCAGGUUGGAUGGAGAACGUCGCUGCACAGCUAUUUUCAGGUCUCUCCAAAGAUGUUUGAUCUGGUUCAAGUCCGGGCUCUGGCUGGGCCACUCAAGGACAUUCAGAGACUUGUCCCGAAGCCUCUCCUGCGUUGUCUUGGCUGUGUGCUUAGGGUCGUUGUCCUGUUGGAAGGUGAACCUUCGCCCCAGUCUGAGGUCCUGAGCGCUCUGGAGCAGGUUUUCAUCAAGGAUCUCUCUGUAUUUUGCACCGUUCAUCUUUCCCUCGAUCCUGACUAGUCUCCCAGUCCCUGCCGCUGAAAAACAUCCCACAGCAUGAUGCUGCCACCACCAUGCUUCACCUUAGGGAUGGUGCCAGGUUUCCUUCAGACGUGACGCUUGGCAUUCAGGCCAAAGAGUUCAAUCUUGGUUUCAUCAGACCAGAGAAUCAUAAUUCUCAUGGUCUGAGAGUCCUUUAGGUGCCUUUUGGCAAACUACAAUUGGCUCCAUGUGCCUUUUACUGAGGAGUGGCUUCCAUCUGGCCACUCUACCAAAAAGGCCUGAUUGGUGGAGUGCUGCAGAGAUAGUUGUCCUUCUAGAUGGUUCUCCCAUCUCCACAGAGGAACUCUGGAGCUCUGUCAGAGUGACCAUCGGUUUCUUGGUCACCUCCCUGACCAACGCCCUUCUCCUCUAUUGCUCAGUUUGGCCGGGAGGCCAGCUCUAGGAAGAGUCUUGGUGGUUCCAAACUUAUUUCAUUUAAGAAUGAUGGAGGCCACUGUGUUCUUGGGGACCUUCAAUGCUACAAACAUGUUUUGGUACCCUUACCCAGAUCUGUGCCUCGACACAAUCCUGUCUCGGAGCUCUACGGAUAAUUCGUGGCUUGGUUUUUGCUCUGACAUGCACUGUCAACUGUGGGAGCUUAUAUAGACAGGUGUGUGCCUUUCCAAAUCAUGUCCAGUCAUAGAAUUGACCACAGGAGGACUCCAAUCAAGUUGUAGAAACAUCUCAAGGAUGAUCAGUGGAAACAAGAUGCACCUGAGCUCAAUUUCAAGUUUCAUAGCAAAGGGUCUGAAUACUUAUGUAAAUAAGGUAUUUGUUUUUUAUUUUUAAUAAAUUUUUCGGAAAUGUCUAAACCUGUUUUUGCUUUGUCAUUAUGUGGUAUUGUGUGUGUGGAUUGAUGAAAAACUACAAGUCAAGGGGUCUGAAUACCUUCCGAACGUGAUGUAUACUGUUCAGUCCUCUUGAGUCCUGACUAUCACAGUUGCUUGAACCCUGCUGGAAAGGGCAAUGUGAAGAAAAUACCAGGUCCAGUACAGUUUUAGGUUGGCUCGACAUGUGAAAGGGAUGAAAAGCAGACCCUAAUGUGUUCAUUAUUCUUUGGCAUUCUUCCUUCAGGUGGUGGAGUCUUCUAACGGUACAACCAUGAGCUGUCACAACAACCAGACGGCUGUGACCGUCCCCAGCUUCGACUCCCGUCUCUACAUGUUGUGUUUCCUGCCAGCCGUUAUACUCCUGGUGUUCACCCCCAACCUGAAGUACCUGGCCCCCCUCUCUCUGGUAGCCAACCUGGUCAUGUGUACUAGCCUGGUCCUCAUCUACUUCUUCUGCUUCACGGUACGUACUGCAGGACUAUCUACUGCUUCAUGGUACGUACUGCAGGACUAUCUACUGCUUCAUGGUACGUACUGCAGGACUAUCUACUGCUUCAUGGUACGUACUGCAGGACUAUCUACUGCUUCAUGGUACGUACUGCAGGACUAUCUACUGCUUCAUGGUACGUACUGCAGGACUAUCUACUGCUUCAUGGUACGUACUGCAGGACUAUCUACUGCUUCAUGGUACGUACUGCAGGACUAUCUACUGCUUCAUGGUACGUACUGCAGGACUAUCUACUGCUUCAUGGUACGUACUGCAGGACUAUCUACUGCUUCAUGGUACGUACUGCAGGACUAUCUACUGCUUCAUGGUAUGUACUGCAGGACUAUCUACUGCUUCAUGGUACGUACUGCAGGACUAUCUACUGCUUCAUGGUACGUACUGCAGGACUAUCUACUGCUUCAUGGUACGUACUGCAGGACUAUCUACUGCUUCAUGGUACGUACUGCAGGACUAUCUACUGCUUCAUGGUACGUACUGCAGGACUAUCUACUGCUUCAUGGUACAUACUGCAGGACUAUCUACUGCUUCAUGGUACGUACUGCAGGACUAUCUACUGCUUCGUCGUAGAUACUGCAGGUCUAUCUGCUGCAUCGUAGGUACUGCAGGUCUAUCUGCUUCAUCGUAGAUACUGCAGGUCUAUCUGCUUCAUCAUAGGUACUGCAGGUCUAUCUGCUUCAUCGUAGGUACUGCAGGUCUAUCUGCUUCAUCGUAGGUACUGCAGGUCUAUCUGCUUCAUCGUAAGUACUGCAGGUCUAUCUUCUGCAUCGUAGGUACUGCAGGUCUAUCUGCUUCAUCGUAGGUACUGCAGGUCUAUCUGCUUCAUCGUAGGUACUGCAGGUCUAUCUGCUUCAUCGUAGGUACUGCAGGUCUAUCUGCUUCAUCGUAGGUACUGCAGGUCUAUCUGCUUCAUCGUAGGUACUGCAGGUCUAUCUACUGCUUCAUGGUAGAUACUGCAGGUCUAUCUGCUUCAUCAUAGGUACUGCAGGUCUAUCUGCUUCAUCGUAGAUACUGCAGGUCUAUCUGCUUCAUCAUAGGUACUGCAGGUCUAUCUGCUUCAUCGUAGGUACUGCAGGUCUAUCUGCUUCAUGGUACGUACUGCAGGUCUAUCUACUGCUUCAUGGUACGUACUGCAGGUCUAUCUUCUUCACGGUACAUACUGCAGGACUGUGUCUUCUGGGGAGGUGGACUAACAUGAACUUGUCCAAUAAGAAACACUUAUUUUCAGUGCAAAAUGUUUUCUGUAGCAACAUUCUUGGGACAGUUUGCUACAGUGUGCACUAAUGAAUGCACCCCAGUCCCGUGGCAUGUGUUACGUUCCCCAGCAAGAAACCAAAAAAAUGGUUGGCAAACAGAAGGGGGAACUAACAAGAAAUCACUAACAACAACCUAAACGAAACAGGUGGGGUUCUAUGAGGGGUUCUGAAAAACACUCAUGGGGUGGGGGGGGGGGGGGGGUCCACUGAAAGUUCACUAGCAACAACUGGGACCUAUAAGACACCCACCAUGAGCACCCACUAAAAUUUGCCCAAGAAGAUGCAAACAAAAUUAAAACCCACACCAAACUUAGACAGGAAGCAAACCAAAAAGUGGAGCAAAACGGGGAAAGAUCAGAAAAAUAAUUGUUUUUAGAAAUCAAAAUAGUGAGAGACAACUAAAGGUGUUAACCCUCCACAUCUACCAAGACCACUGGAGCACUGGGCCAGCCACUCUUAAAUAACCCCUGGGCCAGCACAGGUGAAAGGCCUUCUGACUAAUGAGAUGACAAGCCAGUACAGGUGUAACACAUACUGACUAACGAGGUGACACCAAUCGGUGCGCCCAACGUAUUAACGUGAUAACCUCCAACCUCUGAAUAUAAAUGGAAAGCCUGUAACUUGCCAUCGUUCCCUCAGUCUCAGUUUUAGUUAGUUUAUUCAUGAUGUACAUGUUGGCAGCUAAAAGCUGAAUUACAAUAAAUACAUAACCUACUAGAUGCAGAGCUCCAAAAUGAAACAUUCAUUCAUAAAAAUAGUAGCGGCCUCGCCAACUAAAGUCACUGCAUAUUAACAGUUUUUUAAAUGAUAUGACACAUUUGAUUUGGAACGGCAAGCCAGACAAAAUUAAACGGGCCUAUUUAUAUAAUGAAUAUGAAUUCGGAGGACAGAAAUUAUUAAAUUAGACCGAUCACUAAAAGCUUCAGUCAUACAAAAGUUACACUUAAAUCCGAACUGGUUCUCUAGCAAAUUAGUAAGAUUGUCUCACACAAAGUUCAAGAAUGGCCUUUUCCCCUUUAUUCAGUUUACAACCUCUCACUUUCAGUUAUUUGAAAAGGAAAUCAUCUCCCAAAUAUAAUUAUUUCUAAAACAGGCCAUAGAAAGUUGGUUGCAAUUUCAAUUUAAUCCUCCAGAAACGACAGAACAAAUAAUGCAACAUGGAUUGGGGUUAAACUCAAAUAUACUAAUUGAUUAAAAAAAACAUUAUAAAACAUUUAAAAAAUGUUUCAAAAAGGUAUAAUCUUCGUAAAUGAUAUCAUAUGUAGGACUGGUGGAGUUAUGUCGCACAUGCAGCUAACAAAAACAUAUGGAAAUGUCUGCUCUACCCAAAAUUACAACCAAAUAAUUGCAGUAUUACCGCAAAAAUGGAAGAGGAAAGUGGAAGGGGGGAAAAAGUAAGGAACUUGUCUGUCGGCCCUGCAUUAAAGACCAUAAUUGGUUAAAGAAAAUUGUGAUAAAUAAAAAAGUAUACCAGUUUCAUUUAAGGACCAAAGGAUUGACAGCCGUCCCAUAUAGAUUGCAAAAUAGUUGGGAAGAGAUUUUUAACGUACCGAUUCCAUGGCAUAGUGUUAAUGAAUUGAUACGCAAAACGACGCCGGAUUCAAAACUUCGAAUUUUUCAAUUUCAAUUAUUAUAUAAAAUUCUUGCUACCAAUAGAAUGUUAUUUAUAUGGGGGAUACAAUCUUCCCAGCUCUGCAGAUUUUGCUGCGAAGAGACAGAAUCAUUAGAUCAUUUGUUUUGGUACUGUCCAUUUGUAGCUUGUUUUUGGUCACAGGUCCAGGAAUGGCUAAAGGAUUGCAAUAUUUACCUGGAGCUAACCCUGCAGAUAGCACUACUGGGUGAUCUGAAAAGUCAUAGUCAAUCAAUCAACAAUAUAAUAAUACUAUAUACAGUGCUGUGAAAAAGUAUUUGCCCCCUUUCUAAUUUUCUCUACUUUUGCAUAUUUGUGAUACUGAAUGUUAUCAGAUCUUCAACCAAAACCUAAUAUUAGAUAAAGGGAACAUAAGUGAACAAAUAACACAACAAUUACAUAUUUAUUUCAUAAACAAAGUUAUGCAACACCCAAUUCCUCUGUGUGAAAAAGUAAUUGCCUCUUACACUCAAUAACUGGUUGUGCCACAUUUAGCUGCAAUGACUCCAACCAAAUGCUUCCUGUAGUUGUUGAUCAGUCUCUCACGUCGCUAUGGAGGAAUUUUGGCCCACUCUUCCAUGCAGAACUGCUUUAACUCAGUGACGUGUGGGUUUUCAAGCAUGAACUGCUCGUUUCAAGUCCUGCCACAACAUCUCAAUUGGGAUUAGGUCUGGACUUUGACUGGGCCAUUCCAAAACUUCCAAUUUGUUGUUUUUUAGCAAUUUACAUGUAGACUUGAUUGUGUGUUUUGGAUCAUUGUCUUGCUGCAUGACCCAGCUGCGCUUCAGCUUCAGCUCACAGACGGAUGGUCUGACAUUCUCCUGUAGAAUUCUCUGAUACAGAGCAGAAUUCAUGGUUCCUUCUAUUAAGGCAAGUCGUCCAGGUCCUGAGGCAGCAAAGCAUUCCCAAACCAUCACACCACCUCCACCAUGCUUGACCUUUGUGUCGUAGGACGGCUCAGAGCCGGAGGCAAAGAUGACGGGACAUGAACAACAGGUAUAGGGCCAAUCAAAAGGUUCUUUAUUGUAAACCAAAAACGAUUAACUUUAAACAAAGAAAAAGGAAUGAGGUGUGGAAAUGUCAUAAUGUAGGGUGUAGGUAAGGUGCAUGGAUGCAUGAAUCUGUGUGUGUGUGAACAUGACUGAGUGGAAACUAAGUACACCUACAAAGGAACAAACAAAUCAGGAUCAUACCUGGAGGAGCAGGGAGAGAGAGAGAGGGGGGGUUAGUGAAGCAGUUUUAUAUACCCUGAGCCCAGGUGGCUCCAAUCACACCAACUCCAAAUCACUAACGACCCGCCUCCAGGAGGAACCGCCCCUGCACUGCAGCGGAGGGGCCGUGACACCCCCCUCCUUAAAAUGAGGGUCCCACUCUCAACCCAAAUUACGACCCAACAUAUUUAAAACAAUCCAAAAUUCCUCCCCAAAAAAAAAUAAAAAACGGAUACCAGUCCCGGCUUCUAACAGUAGCCCCGUGUCCCCUAGCUGACUGUCCGUCCUCAAACUCACCUAGGGAGCAAUUUAAGAGAAAAGAGGCGCAGGCAGCCCACAGGGGUCAGCAGAGAGAAAAUACAAACUAGGCUAAAGGAGCACGGGACAGAGCAUCAGCAAUGAUAUUAUCCUUAACCACUAAUAUGUCUAAUAUCGAGGUUGAUGUUCUUACUGUGGAAUGCAGAGUUUGGUUUUCGCCAGGCAUUACUGGAACCAUGUCGUCCAAAAAGUUAUACUUUUGAAUCGUCUGUCCAUAGAACGUUCUUCCAAGAGUCUUGAUGAUCAUCCAGGAGCUUUUUUGGCAAACUUGAGUCAACUUUUUUUUGGACGAGAUGGGUCCCAUUAUGCCUGGCGAAAACCAAACUCUGCAUCAGCAGUUUUUCUCUUGUUAUGCCAGUUACUGACAGUCACUCAAUUAACCAAUGUCAGCUAACAUUUUACAGUUAGUCUAGCUGCCAGCUAUCUAAACUUAAAGUAAUCCUGGUGAAACUACCGACUGGGGGGGCCCCCAUUUGAUCAUCAGAUAUCAUAUUAAAAACUGCACAUUGUUCUCUCUGCUCCAUGGUAAAAUGAGUAGAAUUGCAGCAAACAUGCUUUAAAACUGCAAAAUUGCUUUAACACAAACCAAAGGCUAGUGUGGGUAUGGAUGUGGGUGCAGAACCGUGAGACCCUGUGGCCCUUCAUGAUGAGUUCCGAUUUUGUUUUGUGGCCCCCACCCCCAUCAAAGUUGCCCAUCCCUGCUUAAGACAUUCAGAAUGGUGAAAAAAAAUGCAUGCUGAGGGCAAAUAGAGAGCCACUUCAAAUGAUCACUAACCCAAACAGAUAUAUAACACAUCAAAAUACAGGUAAAUGCCAAAAUAAAGGAAACACAUGAGUCAAUGAACGGACACAAAGUAUACCGAAAGCAGGUGCUUCCACACAGGUGUGGUUCCUGUGUUAAUUAAGCAAUUAACAUCCCAUCAUGCUUAGGGUCAUGUAUAAACAUGUCCAGUUGUCCAUUAAUUUGGCUACCAUGGCUAGAAGAAGAGCUAAUUUCCUGUAGUAAAAAAAACAAAAACAUUCAUGGCUUUAUGACGUGUUCAUAUACUAUCUGGGGGGCCCGACCUCCGGGGGGACCACAACCCCCCAAAAAACUAAGAGUUGGGGGCCCCCCGCCUUGGGUGGCUGCUGGGUAGUGUGCUCUGCCAGUGUUUCCACCACAUCAACAAAACACCAAAUGAUGGAAUUUCUCGUGGAGGAAUGGUGUCACACUCUCCAAUAGAGUUCUAGACACUUAUAAAAUCUAUGCCAAGGCUCAUUGAAGCUGUUCUUGCUGCUUGUGGUGGACGAACGUCCUACAAGGUUAACUGCUAUGCAUUGUUAUUCAAUGACCUUACUGUACUUGAUUUGAUAUUCAACAAUGUUUCUGUUUGAUUUCUAGAACAUCCCAAAUCAUAUCAACCUGCCGAAGGUGGGUCAUGCCAAUGACUACCCUCUCUUCUUUGGAACGACCAUCUUUGCUUUCGAGGGGAAAAGAGUAUUGGUGUAUUAA